CCCACAUUCCGUCUAUGCCCUUCUCAGACUCUCCCAACCAGAAGAAAAAAAAACGUAAGGAAAACCUGACAGAGGUAAGCUCGACCCCUCCGCUCCGUCCCCCUAAAUGACCAUAUUACCCUCUCACUGUCUCUCUUCCUCACCUUUCACUUCCUCUUCUUCAUUGUCCUCUUUCGUCCGCUCAAAACAGAAGGGACAUCUCCGAUUACCAGAACUGGAUAUUACCAAAUGACUAAAACGCCCUCGUUCUAAAAUGCCUGAUACCUUACCCGAAGCUUGAAAAUUGUCAUCAUUUCUAGAGAAGUACAGUCCUUUUUCGUCCACUCAGAAAGUUCCUCUUCCUUUUGUCUCUCUUCUCUCUCUUCUUCCCUUGACCUAAAAAAUAAAAAUUAAGAAAAAAAGUGUAGAGAGAGAAAGGGGAAAAUGGACGGUAGUGGCUACAGAAUAGAAGCGGAGCGGUGGCUCACCAUAGCCGAGAAGCUUCUCACGGCGCGCGAUUUCCAGGGCGCCAAGUCCUUCGCGAUUCGAGCGCGAGAGUCUGACCCGAGGCUCCUAGAGUUCUCCGAUCAAAUUAUCGCCAUCGCUGAUACGCUCCUGGCCGGAGAGUUGAGAAUCAUUAACUACAACGGCGGUGGUAGCCAUGACUAUUACGCGAUCCUUCAACUCCCGAGAUUGUCUCAGUCCAUGGAACUUGUCGCGAGUCAGUACCGUAAGCUUGCUUUGUUGUUGAAUCCUACCAGGAAUAGGCUUUCUUUUUCUGAUCAUGCUUUUAGACUUGUUUCUGAGGCUUGGAUGGUGUUCUCGAACCCGUCAAAGAAGGCAAUGUACGAUCACGAGUUGCAGUUGAGUCAGCUCGGACAGCUUGGGCAACUGGGGCCACUCGGCCAACUUGGCAUGCCUGGUCAAGAGUUUUCACAGGGGCAAUCGUCACAAGGAAAUGUGAAGAGAAGCCCUAGAAUGAGCAGGGAUGGUAGAGUAGUAGUGGACGAGGAUGACGUGGCUCAAUCAGAGUCAACUCGGUCAACUCGCUUAGAAACUCCGCACAAAAUGACUGAGCCGAUUCGGCCGAUACCUCUGCAUAAAAUCACUGAGCCGAGUCGUUCUGUGCCGCAGCCGGUACCUCAACCUAAAACAACUGAGACUAUUCGUCCUACACCACAGCCUGUAGCAACUGAGCCGAUUAGGCCAGCUCCGCAGCCGAAAGCAGUGGAGCCGAGUAGGCCAGCUCCGCAGCCGAAAGCAGUGGAGCCGAGUCGGCCAGCACCCCAGCUGAAAGCUUCCGAGCCUGCUCGACCAGCUGCCCAGCCUGUUAGCGUUGACUCACGUACAACACUGUCCACGACCCAGCCAAGUGCGACUGAGUCACAGGUGCCGAGUUUCUGGACUGCAUGUCCGUACUGUUACAUUCUCUACGAGUAUCCAAAGGGUUAUGAAAACUGUGCAAUUAGGUGUGAGAAAUGUAAACGAGCGUUCCAUGCGGUAGUGAUACCAUCACCGCCCAUAACAGGUAAAAACACUUACUUUUGUUGUUGGGGGUAUUUCCCAUUAGGGUUUUCCGGUCAUGGUAAAGGUGCAAGUGGUUUUGGUAGUAAUUGGUCACCAAUAUCGGCAUUGUUUACUACCCCUUUGCCAGGAGGAGAAAAAUCAAAACAGAGUAAUCCAUCUAAGAGAUCUGAGCCGAAAGUGAUUUACAAAGAUGAUGUCUACAUAGAUCUUUCUGACACGAGUGAUGAUGAGUCUGAUUCGGAUGAUGAUGAUUGGGAUGGUAGAAGAAAGAAAGCAAAAAAUGCCAAAGGGAAAGCAACCCCUAGUAAAAAUGUGAAGAAAUCACAAAAUGAGAGGGCAAAGAAGGUGAAUGUUCAAAAUGUGGAUGGCGGGAGUCAUGUGCAAGGAGAGGUGGUAGGGAAGAGAGAGGGGACUAGUGGGAAGAAGAAGGGAGCAAAGGACUUGGGGAAGUUGGAUUUGAAUGUAAUGUUUAGCAAUGAGGUGGAGGAGGCAGUGCCAGGAGUGAGCGAAGGGAAUGGAGCCGGAAACGGGGAGGAGGAUAAUAUUGAAGGGAUUGGAUUUUUCGAGGGUCUUGAUGAGUUUUUGAGCAGCUUGCCAAUACUUUCUGUUGUUGGGGAUGACAAGGUCAAGGCUAGUUAGUGAAUGAUACUUUUAUGCCCAAAUUUUCCAUCAUUCCAUGUUCGCUGCUGCUAUGGAUUGGUUCUGCUUCUGUUAUUUUCAUCCUAGGCUACUGAGCUAGCACGAUCUACUGUUGGGCUUAUUCCAUGCUUUGCCAUGGAUAUUUCUAGAUGUGAUGGAUGUGCAUUUGUGUUCUUGGUAAGUACGCUUCUUGUUUUGCUGCUGUGCUGCUAUUUUUUAUCUUGCUUUGCUGCUGUGCUGCUAUUUUUUUAUCUUGCUUUGCUGCUGUGCUGCUAUUUUUUAUGCUACUCUAUAACUUUGCAUUAAAAUCAAUCCUAGAAGCUUGCAAUGUUCAAAUUUAAGACUUUGUCAUUUGAUACUUUGAUUUUUAUGGUACUCAAGAAUAUUUUAUGAUUUGUGGAUUAGUCACUCUGAGUGAUAUAGGAGCUGCCUUUUGCUAUACAAUGUUUCUCACUGAAGUUAAAUUGAAAAAAGGGGUUGCACAAUCUUUUGAUCUAUUCAGAUGUCAUGUCUUGUUUUUUAACAUGAGAUUCGCUUAUGAAGGAAGCAUUGUAUAGUUCAACUUUAAGGCACCUGCCAACAAUCUGGGACAUUAUUUUAUUUUAUUUUUUUCCAAAACUUUUUCUCACAUAUUAUAUCUGAACCAUUAAUGCACACUUAGUUUUUCUGAGAGAUGCCCUCCAAGUUUCCUCACUGUUAUGGUUUUUCAAAUCCCAGCACUUCUAUUAAAUGAGCAACUAAAUCUUUUAUAUUCAAACACUGAUUCCUAUAUGAUGGAGAAUUCAUAUUGUAAGUUCUACAUUCCCUGUUGCCUGCUACUUAAUUGGUUUGAUUCUAAAUAGGAAGAUCAAGAUGCCUCAAGUUCUUUUUAGUUUUAUGUUCCUGAUACUAUUUAUUGGCAAAGGGGUGAUAGCGACUUCUUUCUCCUAUUCUUCAAAUGUCCAAUGGGCAAUGCAUUAGGCAUGCCUCUCUAUCUUUAUCUCUCUUUACACAUUGACUUGGUUUUUCUCCUCUCUACUCCUUGGUUUAUCAGCUGCAUAUAUUGUAAUAUGUUAUGGACUGAAGGUCCUUGAACCAAAUUACUCAAAUCAAGAGGUGCUUUAGGGUAUAAAAUGAGAUAUAUUGUGAAUAAAACUUUGCUUCUGUAUGUAUCAUGUGUUGUAUUUUUUUUUAAUAGUUAUCUUCUCUCAUCUACUUCAAUUUCUGUUUCUUUUCAUGAUUUCCAAAGUGUCCAACAACAUUGCAAGUGCAUGGAAGUGAAACAUCUCCAUCUGUUUUCAUGAUUAUUUCUUGUUUGCUAAAGAUUUUGCAGCAUUUUUUUGGGACAUGUUUGGUAGGUCUUGGGCUGAGAGUUCAUUUUUGUUUCAAAUUGGUCACUAUAAAAUACUGCAGUGAUAUUCCAUGGCAAAAUUAGUAAUAAACACCUAUGUCUUCUUUUUACAAAAUCAAUCACUUUGCUCCAUUGGUUUUUUAAAAAUUUAACCUUUAGGUCCUUUAUUGGCUAAAGUAGGUCUCUAAAGAACAUAAGAAACUGGAAAGUGGAAACACUCUAAACUGCUCAUAAUCCAUAUCAUAAGGUGUAACGAAAUUUUUACGCUGGUUGUCACCUACUGGCUAAACUGCUGAUUUUAUAAAAUUCAGGACCAAAGUAUUUUUGAGCAAUGAGAGACCAUUGUAUGUACUGGGCAAAACUGCAAAUCUUUUUCUUGUGAGUGUUUCUACUUCCUUGAUUUGGUGGACAAUUGUCAUGCCAUUGAAAUUAUUCUGAAUUUAUUUGUUCUGAUUUUCUUUGUUUUCUGUACGAUACUGUUGUCUCGCCCUUUUUUAAUCUAGUAUGCAUGUUUCUCCCCUUUGUUUCCUAGUUUAGUAGAACUCAGGGCAUGAAUGCACAGCUGAGACAAGUGGCAAGUGGGGUACUUGAAAAUUACUCUACUAAGACUUGUAUAUGGUCAAAUUGAUACAGCAAAUUGCAAAACUGUCACCAUGUUCUAAAAUCUGAUUAUGCACAUCUAUUUUGUGCAACAACUUAUCUGUUAUUUAUUGUGAUUACUUCUCAUGUUGGCUCAGUGUCUUAAAAUGUUUUAUAGAGCUGUUGCAUGAUGGAUUCGUGCAUAGUUGAUGAUGGUUUGCCCCCUUCUUCACUUGGUGAAAUCUGGAUCCUUAUUCUUCUAUUCCCAGCCCUUCCCCCACCAAAAAUUAGUGUCUCAACCUUUUCAGGGGUUUUGGAUAGUUCCACUGGGCUGUUCAAGUUACUUGGAAUUCGUUUGGCAUUGUUAUUUGAAUUGGUGUUAAAGUUUGGUUUUGAGUUAAAUUUAGCAUGUUAGCAAACCUUUAAAGGGUGCCUUUCUUCAACCGAACUGCCUUUGACCUGUUUCCUAUUAACGUACAUUUCCCUUCCUACCUUUCUCUUCCUCAUCGGUGUCGCUCUCACCAUGGUCACCUCUUGCCACAACUUAAAAACGUCGCCUCUACUCCCUCCUCCUCCCCUCCUCCUACUCUUUAAUCCAAUAUCCUUUGAAAUAACCCACUUUGAUCCCAAACACACCGGCACCCAUUGCUGGAAAUGUUGAAUUUAAUAGUGUCGAUAACAUGGGCCAAGUUGGUCGAGCCACUUACAUGUUGAGAAGGUACCCAUCAGGAAUUCCAAAAUCAAACAUCUCUCCGAAUUCACUGCCCAUUUCUCUUUCUUCAUUGUCAUCCAGGGUCGUAGCCAGUAUGGCUCUGGGCUCGCUUUCAUCCUUGUUCCUGUUGGAUCUCACAUUCCACUAAAUUCUGAAGGAGGAGGUUUUAUGGGCCUCUACAAGUCCAACAUUUAUUCCUUACUGGAUAAGGAAGAAGUAGGGUGAACAGACAACAGAGAAAAUGAAUUUUACAUCAAUGAACGAUGAGAUUGAAAGAGUAGCAGGUACAAGAAGAUGAAUAUCAGGAUCUUGUUUCAUCUGCCAAAAACUUUUCAAGUGAAAGGAAGUUGGGUCAGGAAGGAUUUGGAUGUGUUUACAAGGGAUACCAUACCCAUUUGGGAAUUGCAGUGAAGAAAAUAUCAAAGCGUUCGAAUAAAGGGGAGUAUGUGACAGAGGUGAACCCUAAACCAUACAUUAGAGAAAUGAUGAAGAUACGUUUCUCACAUUCAAUGUAACAACACACACCACACUUAAAAGAAAUAUUCCCCUAAAUGUUUUUAUUUUCUUUUGUAUAUAUAUAUUUUAGUAGUCUCAAAUUUUGAAAAAAAAAAGUUAUCUUUUUUCUAUGCAUGUUUUUGUUCUAUUCAUAAAUAUUUUUUUCUUCUAUGUAUACCUCAAUAGAUUUAAUAAAAAUUUUAUACAUAACUGCCUACAA